GGUUGAAUGUCAACUACUCUCUCUGUUCUUUGUUCCUGAUUUAAAUGCUUACAGACAGAGUGAAAAAUCCUGAAUUCAAGCCAAAGAUCCCAUUAAUUCCCAUGGCUGCUCCAAAGCUCCAAGCCCUUUGGAACCAUCCUGCUGGCCCUAAAACCAUUUUCUUCUGGGCACCAACUUUUAAAUGGGGUAUCACCAUAGCUAAUGUUGCUGACUUCUCUAAACCAUCUCAAGAGAUUUCCUAUCCUCAACAAUUCGCUAUUGCUUGUACCGGACUCAUUUUUUCGCGCUACAGCACGGUGAUUAAUCCGAAAAAUUUGAAUCUGUUUGGUAAUAGCAUUGCAAUGUCUUCAACUGCUGUUUAUCAGAUAACGCGCAAAAUCAAGGAUGAUUGUUUCUCUGAAGAAGAAGUUGCUGUAAUCAAUCAGUGAACACAGAAGUUGCUGUAAUCCACUGUGUGUAUGUGUGUUUUUCUACUUGUUUUUGAUGCUUUUUUUGUCAAAAAAUUGAGAAUAAAAUUCUUACCUCUGAAGAAUAUGAAUGAGUGAACACAGAAAUUGCUGUAAUCUACUGUCUAUGACUCUGAGUGUUUUUCUAGUUGUUUUUGAUGCUUUUUUUGUAAAAAAAAUUGAGACUUCUGAAGAA